AUGGCUUUCUUUUUUAAUCGUGGCCGGUCAAGGCAACCCGCUGAUGUUGCUCGUUCUACCAAGGAAUUGCUUCUUAGGGUCCAGGAGACUCCUAACGUGCCGAAGGCCGAAGAAGACCUUGCAAAGCAACUCAGUCAUAUGAAGAUUAUUGUUCAAGGGACACAAGAGAUCAACACCUCACCGGACCAAGUCCACGCGCUUGUUCAAGCAACACUGCAAGAAGACCUCCUCUACGACCUAUCACGAACAAUCCACUUGCUUCCAUUUGAAGCAAGAAAAGACACGCAGACAAUUUUCUCCCAUAUUCUACGUUUCCGACCUAGUAAUUACGCGCCUGACAAAGACCCUCCUGUCAUCUCGUACAUUGUUCAUCAUCGACCAGAGAUUCUUGUUGAGCUAUGUCGUGGGUACUCUGAGAGCCAAAGUGCCAUGCCGUGUGGUGUGAUCUUAAGGGAAGCGCUGAAAUUUGACGUGGUUGCUGCGGUGGUUCUGUAUGAUCAGUCCAAGCCAGGGGAGGCAGCCGUGCGACUCGGCGAUCUCAAGCCGAAUUUACCACAGAAGGGUGACGGGGUAUUUUGGAACUUUUUCGAUUGGAUUGAUAAAAGCAAUUUCGAAGUGAGCGCAGAUGCUUUUACGACUUUCCGGGAAGUUUUAACCAGACAUAAAAAUCUGGUGACGACAUAUUUGUCCACCAACUAUGACUUGUUCUUUGGCCAAUUCAAUGACGUUCUUAUCCAGUCAGACUCUUAUGUGACGAAGCGACAAAGCAUCAAGCUUCUUGGCGAGAUUUUGCUGGACCGUGCGAAUUACAAUGUCAUGAUGGCCUAUGUGGAGAGUGGGGAGAAUCUCAAGCUAUGUAUGAAGCUUUUGCGGGACGAUCGCAAGAUGGUCCAAUAUGAAGGGUUCCACGUUUUCAAGGUGUUUGUUGCCAAUCCCAACAAAUCAAUAGCCGUCCAACGAAUUCUGAUCAAUAACCGAGACCGAUUAUUGCGAUUCCUUCCUAAAUUCCUCGAGGACCGCACAGACGACGAUCAGUUCACCGAUGAGAAGAGUUUCUUGGUGCGACAGAUCGAACUUUUGCCCAAGGAGCCUGUCGAGCGGAGUAGACCAGCUCGGGAGACCCAGUCUGGAGUCAACACCGCUGUGGCUUGA